AUACACUAUAGAACUAGCUCUAGAACUGUUUCAGAAACGGAGCCGAAAAAUUUUGACGUUCAAACAUGACACCAACACUUAAAGUUGUAUGUCUAUGUCUAGGACUGGUUUUCUUAUUGGGAAAACCAUCAAUAGCGGCUAAAAUAAUUGGAGCUAAGAGUAUAGAUCAAAUAUAUGAUGUCGGACUGCUACCAUUUUUUGAUAGUAUAACCGAGUUUCUUAUAAAAAACGUUGUACGUGAUCGAUAUUUCAACAUAGUAUUUGGAAAAAAACAAACGAUAAAUAGGCUUGUGAGUCAAGUCAAUGCGGGGAACUAUACAUUUGCCCCUGAAGAUGGACUUGAAGUAUGGGAUGUUUUCAAACAAUUUCUGAGAACUGUUGAAAAUCCAAUCGUACCCGAGAAAAGCGCCAAAAUUUUAAGACAAUGUGAAAUGAAGUCAAACAGCGUUGAACCCGGUUUGGAGGCGUUGAGCAAACUCUCUGACAAAACCAAAAAAUUCCUCGUCAAACUUUUUAAAUUCCUUCGAAGAGUCUGCUUGUCAACAAAACCAUUUGUAAAAGGCAAGGUUUUUGGACCAUAUCUGGAUGGCUGGCUUACGCCUUACAAGGGGAAAUCAUUAUUGAGAUUUUGUGCUUGUGGUGCACUUGAAGGAGAAUGUGAUCAAACGUUCGAAACAUAGAAAUACCAGAUUUAUAUGUAUGCGAGCGAAAGCUUUGGAGAUAUAAUUGGUUACCGGAAUCAAAAAUUUUAUAUUAUUAAAUUCCCG